AGAAAGUAGUUGCAGAGUCAGGGAGGAUGUUCGUCGUAGUUCCUUUACCAGCAAUAGGGUGGAGACUCUUCUUCUUCAAGUUGCAGAAAAGAAGGAAGAAGAUGGAGAUAUUGGAGUCUUUGAAGCUCAUAAGUACUUCAAUGGAGGAAUGGAUCGUGAGAGUCCUGGAGUUGCUACUAACGUGGCUGCAAGGCAGUGCCACUAUCAUAAAGAUGAAGAACGCAAAGCUCUAGAAACCCGAAAUCUCAAUAAAUCCCACUAUGGAACUCCAAGCGUUCGAUCUGAAUCAAGUUGGAAUAGCCAAAGUAAACUGUUGCCGAGGGUUCAGAGGAACUCUUCCAGAAACAGGAACAGCAAGAUGCAGAGGAAGAAUUUCCUAGCUGGUCUUGGCUGCAAAUGCUCAUGUGCUGAUAAUAAUUCUGUUGAUAUCAGUGAUCAUAGCCAUAAUCCUACUUAUGGUGUUGUUCACGGAAAAGGACCUCACAGAAACCUUUCUAACACUGGCUUAGAUGCUGAUUACUCAGCUAAAACAAACAAGCCUCGCGAAGAACUCUUAUGCAAUAAAGAUGUUUGCUUCAAAAAGCCAGAUUCAGCAUUGUCAGCAGUGAAUUCUGGGCUAGAAAAUCAACUGGUGAAUUUGAAACUUCAGCAGAAGGAAGAAGAGAAGCCAAGGAAAUCAUUGGAGGUGUUUGGUUCCCCAAUAUUGAAUAACAGAAGAUCUUUGACCUUUGAUAAGAGGCAUACAAUGCCCUCUUGGGAUGCUGCGGCAGCGCCUAAAGUGGAAGAAAUCGACAUUUUUUCAGGAAACUACAAUGAUACUGAGAGUGAUGCAAGUUCAGAUUUGUUUGAGAUUGACAGCCUCACAGGUAAAAACCAACCACUUCCUUAA